AUGAUUCCCUCUACUCGAAUUUGUAUAGCACCAAAUUGUUAAGCAUAAUCCCGAUUAAUUUAAUCUAUAAAAGAGCUUGAUUAUCAUCAAGGUCAUAGUUCCUCAAGUCUGGGCCAACUAACCAAGAAAUUGAAGGAGGCACUACCUGAUUUCCCCUUCACUGCAAGUAUCAAAUAAAUCAUCGAAUCCAGAUUUCAAAUUAUUCACUCGUACUUACAGAAGAAAUAAAAUAUCUAUUAGAAGUAUAACUCAUUGAUGUCAUUAGAAAAGGAAAUGUGAUAAAUAUGAAAUGAUUGAGGCAGCAUCCAAAAUUAUUAAUUCCGAAUAUUCCUUAUUGAAUGAAAAGGCAAUAGAUUUAAUUAUUAAGUCAUUACCCAAUAACAUCUCUGAAACUCUACAAUUGCAUACUGCUCAAUAUUUUAAUUUACAAAUUCAAAUUUAAAAAGAAUUGGAUGAUUUUUUUCUUUUUAUUACUUCUGAUAUAAAAUAAGAAUCAAUUUAAUCAACUAAAUAAUAACAAUCCAAAAAUUAGAAUCCAUCCACACCAAUCGCAAUCACUCAAAAACCCUAAUUCCUUAACAUGCCCUCCGAGUACGAUCAACUCUCCAAAUUCGAAAUUAACAGCCAAAUGGCUAAGCAUUUAGAAGGAUGUAAGUUCUACGAUCUCAACUUUAGAUCCAUCCAUUGUCAUGACCAAUCAAUUACUCAAAGAAGGCACUUAAAUCAAGUUUGAAAUCGUUAAGAUUUAAAAUGACUAUGUAAGUGUAGGCAUCGGUGCUAUGGAAAGAGCAUCUAUUCAGAAAAAUGGCUUGAUUCUUAAUGGAGAACAACUGUAAGUUGCAGGCCAUGGUGUAUAUAUGAACUUUAAUGAUAAAUGUGUUUAUCAUAGUGAAAUUGGGAAUGGGCAGAUUUAAGGAAAGGACAAAGGAAUUGCAUUUUAAGAAGGGGAUCAAAGUAAUUUGAAAAUUGAUCUUUAGUUCUGUGCAGUUAUACAUAAGGAAAGUUGACCUUAUAAAAUCUAAAUGCAAACUCGUCAUACUCAAUGAAAAUUAAUUUGAGCGAUAUUAUUUUAGUGGUUUGGUUAGACCUGAGUGAAAUUAUUAUUAUAUGA